AGCAGCACGGUAGCCGGAAGUGCGUGGCCGCCGGGGCCAUGGCGGCGCUCAGCGUCGUCUGGCUGCUGCUGGCAGCGGCAUUCUGGCGGCCGGUCUCGGCUUCAGGAGAGGAGUUCUGGCCUGGCCAGUCGGCGGCGGACAUCCUGUCGGGGGUGGCGUCCCGCAGACGGUACCUUCUGUAUGAUGUCAACCCCCCAGAAGGCUUCAAUCUCCGCAGGGAUGUCUAUAUCCGAGUAGCAUCCUUGCUGAAGACACUGCUGAAGACUGAGGAGUGGGUGCUUGUUCUGCCCCCCUGGGGCCGUCUGUACCACUGGCAAAGCCCUGACAUCCAUCAGGUCCGGAUUCCCUGGUCUGAGUUUUUUGAUCUUCCAAGUCUCAAUAAAAACAUCCCAGUCAUUGAGUAUGAGCAGUUCAUUGCAGAGUCCGGUGGGCCCUUCAUCGACCAGGUGUAUGUCCUGCAAGGUUACGCUGAGGGCUGGAAGGAGGGCACCUGGGAGGAGAAGGUGGAUGAACGGCCCUGCAUCGACCCUCUGCUCUACUCACAGGACAAGCACGAGUAUCACAGAGGCUGGUUCUGGGGCUAUGAGGAAACGAGGGGUCUGAAUGUCUCCUGCCUGUCGGUCCAGGGGUCGGCCUCCAUCAUCGCACCUGUACUCUUAAAAAACACAUCUGCUCGGUCUGUGAUGUUGGACCGAGCCGAAAACCUGCUUCAUGACCACUAUGGAGGCAGAGAGUACUGGGAUACCCGGCGUAGCAUGGUGUUUGCAAAGCACUUGCGGGCCGUGGGAGACGAGUUCAGGAGCCAGCACCUCAACUCCACAGAUGCCGCUGAUAAGAUAGCCCUGGAAGAAGACUGGACCAAGAUGAAGGUCAAACUAGGCUCAGCGCUUGGUGGCCCCUACCUUGGAGUUCACCUGAGAAGGAAGGACUUCAUCUGGGGCCACAGGGAUGAUGUGCCCAGCCUGGAGGGAGCCGUGAAGAAGAUCCGCAGCCUCAUGAAGACUCACAAGUUGGACAGGGUGUUCGUGGCCACAGAUGCCAUCAGGAAGGAGCAGGAAGAACUGAGGAAGCUACUACCAGAAAUGGUGAGGUUUGAGCCCACGUGGGAGGAGCUGGAGCUGUACAAAGAUGGAGGUGUCGCCAUCAUUGAUCAGUGGAUCUGCGCUCAUGCCAGGUUUUUUAUUGGCACCUCAGUUUCCACGUUCUCUUUUCGGAUUCAUGAAGAGAGAGAGAUCUUGGGAUUGGACCCUAAGACAACAUACAACCGGUUCUGUGGAGACCAGGAGAAAGCUUGUGAGCAGCCCACACACUGGAAGAUUGCAUACUGAGGGCCACCUCUCCGCCACCUGCCGGUCACUCGGUCACAGGGUCCCAGAGGGGGCAGCACUCCUAAAGCCUGUGUUCCUUUGUGUUCACGGGCUGACAUCUGCCUGUGUCUAGGCUCUGCCACCUUCAUGUUUCACAAAUGUGUCUUCUAUUAGGACUUGAGAACCCAUGUCCCCAUCACGAUGUCACAUGCUAGCCCAGAAGCGUGAGGAAUAUUUGUCAGUCCUGACAGACCUUUCAGUUGCUUUUCUGAGCAAGCAGAGAGUGGCAACACCCUCUUGUGUGGAUCCUGAGAUGUUGGUAUAACAUCUGUCUACUGAGGUCCAGUGUGAGCAGAUGCCAGGUUUUGCCUCACCCUCUUCCUGCGUGGUGCCCCAGCUAAUUUCCUCCUGAGGCCGAUGGCUCAGGCGCUGAUCUCACAGAAUGCUGGGAACCUCAGGACAGCCCUUGGGUGGCCAGUGACUCCCUCACCUCACAUGGGUUCCCAGGCUCGUUGCACCCUGCUGAGAAAUAGAAUUGAGAAGUGACAGAAAUGACCUUCAAAAGGUCACAUCCGAGACACACCACUGCUUUAUGAGACCCUUUCCUGGCCCUCAUGCUGCACUAUGGGAGGCUGAGUCAGCACAGCCUUGGCCAGGGCACUCCCAGGUCCUUGACCUGGUACUCAUCAGUACACCCCAUUCCCCAGUGCUGUGCACUAAGCAGCCCCCACACAGCUACUGCCCAGGUCUCCUUCCCAAGCACCAAGGGACCUGAGCACAGACAAGGUACUGUGGCUCACCUGGCUGAUGAGGUAGAAUCAUGUAUUUAUUCUUUUCCAUUUGUACAUCCAAGUAUAUUAAUAAAAUACUUUUUCAAGAAA